AUGGCCUCUACCUCCGCGUCCAAGCCGCCACCGCCGUCUCCUACCCACAUCCUCCGCACUCAUGGCGCGGCCAUCAAGGCACUCGAGGUUUCGGACGAUAAUGAGAAAAUCUACUCCGGCGACGCAGACGGUACGGUCGUCGUCACGGACACGCGCACGCUGAGGCCGGUCGCGGUGUGGAAGGCGCACACUGACGGGCUGCUUGGGGUGCAGGAGUGGGAGGGACAUAUCAUCACACAUGGCAGAGACAACAAGCUGCACGUUUGGCAAUGCGUCCAGGAGCCCGCUGCAGCCCUGCGCAACUCUGCGGCUCCGCUUGGUCUGCAGACGCCCCAGCUAUGCUACUCUAUGGACGUGAACGCGCUCAAUUACUGUCGGUUCUCGCUCAUGCCCUUGGCGGAGUCCGCGCGCAGCGAGGAGCGACGCGCUUUCAUCGCGGUGCCGAACCUGGUCGAGUCUUCCUUCGCGGACAUAUGGACACUGCCCUCUCGGAACAGGCUGCAUGCUGCUAUCGGUAAGACGGGUCAGAUGGAAGGACCGUCCGGAGAUGGUCGCGGUAUGAAUUCUACAGGAAUUAUCAUGGCGAUGCACCUUUAUGAAGCCACGCAUCCACACGCCUCAGACCGCACAAGUCUUCGACUGCUAUGUGGCUACGAGAACGGUGCCGUCACAUGCUGGGGGUACACUCGGACGGACAAGGAGACCUCCAUCGAGGGCAUAGGCUGGGAGCCGCUGUGGAACGUCAGGCUGCACGUCGAGUCAGUGAUGGCAAUGACCGUCUCUCGGGACAACUCCUUCGCAUUGACCGUCUCUGCAGAUCAUCUCAUCGGGCGUUAUGACAUCAAGUCAAUCGAAGAAGAUAAAGCGGACGCACGAGACGUGUGCACGGCUCACAGAACGAAACAUCCCGGCAAUGCAUCGAUCGACAUCCGCGACGACAGCAGGAUAUGUGCGGUCGCAUACACACCCAGGAUCCGGCUAUACUCUGCAAAGAGCCUGAAGAGCCUGGGCACGCUGGAGUGCCACAAAAAGAGCUGCCAGGCGGUCGCGUUCGCCCGACCACACGCGCCGAGCGUUACCGAGGGCAGCAGAAUCCCCGACGAGGCCGAUGACGACAUGGACGAGGAUGAAAAGGCAGAGCGGGGACGAUGGCUUUCUGCCGGCGGCCAGGACCAACGCGUCUCGCUGUGGACUCUGAUGGACUUUGGCGGCUGGCGGGCACGGUAG